CGCGACCGACGGCGGCGGCUACGGCUGCUGAAUUUCUCUGCUUUGGCGCGGCUCCGGGAGGAUCGGUCCAAAGAGCGCCGCGCGAUUGAGGGCUCGGGGCCUCCGCCGGCCGCCGCACCAUGGUGGCGAGCAUUGCCGGAGCGACGCCAUCAUCGUCGUCGGCCACGGGCUGCCGGGCCAAGAGGGAGCCCGCGCAGAUGCACGCCAGCAUCCGGCGGUCGCGCUCCGAGCCGCACCUCCGCUGCUCCCGCCGCGGCGGCGCCGCCGGCGCCUCGCUCACCACCAGCCGCUCCAUCGGCGUCUUCCCGUUCCAGUUCGGCGCCGCGCCGAUCCGGCCCCCGCCGCUCCCCGAGGGAGGCGGCGGCGACGGGUACCGGCUCCUCACCGUGUGCGCCGGCGAGACCGACCCGGACCCGGACCCCGACCCGGAAAUGCCGCAGGUCAGGCGGCCCGACGACCACUGGCUCGACCGCCUCCUCGAGCUCCGCUCCCGCUUCCACGACCCCACCAAGCGCUUCUUCGCCGACGACGACACCCUCUUCGAGGACGACGACGACUACCACGACCACGCCGACGGCGGCUGCGCCGUCGGUUACGACGACGAGGACGCAGACGCGGCGGAGCAGGACGGCAGGUGGGACCGCGAGUCCUUCACCAAGCUGCUGGCGCGGGCCCCUCCGGCCGAUGCCCGGCUGUUCGCGCAGCUGGCCUUCCUCUGCAACAUGGCUUACGUCAUCCCGGAGAUCAAGGAAGAGGAGCUGAAGAAGCACUACGGGUUGACGUUGAAGACCUCGUCGGUGCAGAAGAAGGCCGAGGCGAGCGCCAAAAGCGCCCAGGUGGACACCGACUCCGCCCAGCCGACUACCGACGCGCCCAAGUACGAGGUGGCCGCGGAGCCGCAGCCGCGGCGGCCGAUCCGCCGCUCAAACCACCUGGCGUACGAGGUGGCCGCGUCGGCGGCGUCCUACGUCCAGAGGCGCGCGCGCGGCCUGCUCUCGCUCAGCGGGCAGCAGCAGCCGGCUGCCGGGGACCAGGACCGGCUGUACAACUCGGGGAUGGCGGCGUACGUGGCCGCGUCGACGGUCACGGCGGUGGUGGCCGCCGAGGACGAGGCGCGGCAGGAGGCCGCGCGCGACCUGCGGUCGCCGCUGUCCUCGCCGUGCCAGUGGUUCGCCUGCGACGAGGCCGACGGGACCACCCGCUGCUUCGUCAUCCAGGGCUCCGACUCCGUGGCGUCCUGGCAGGCCAACCUCCUCUUCGAGCCCACCACGUUCGAGGACACGGGCGUCCUCGUGCACCGCGGCAUCUACGAGGCGGCCAAGGGCAUCUACGCGCAGCUCAUGCCGGUGAUCGCGGACCACGUGCACAAGGAGGGCGCGCGGCUGCGGUUCACGGGGCACUCGCUCGGCGGCAGCCUCGCGCUGCUUGUCAGCCUCAUGCUGGUGGCGCGCGGCGUGGUCAGCCCGGACUCGCUGCUCCCCGUGGUUACCUUCGGCGCGCCGUCCGUGUUCUGCGGCGGGCAGCGCGUGCUUGAGGCGCUCGGCGUCGGGGAGGGCCACGUCCGCGCCGUGGCCAUGCACCGCGACAUCGUGCCGAGGGCGUUCUCGUGCCGGUACCCGGGACACGCCGUGGCGCUGCUCAAGCGGCUCAACGGCGCCCUGCGCACGCACCCCUGUCUGAACAGCCAGAAGGUGCUGUACACGCCGAUCGGCGCGACGUACAUCCUGCAGCCGGACGGCAAGGCGUCGCCGCACCACCCGUUCCUGCCCAAGGGCGCGGCGCUGUUCCGGGUCGACCCGGAGGAGCGCGCCAGGCGGCCGGAGAGGACCGUCGUGGCCAGCGCCCUGCGCGCGUUCCUCAACUCGCCGCACCCGCUGGAGACGCUGAGCGACCUAUCGGCCUACGGCGCCGAGGGCGCCAUCCUCCGGGACCACGAGUCCGGUAACUACUUCCGGGCGCUCUACGCCCUCACCAAGGUGGCGCCGCGCCGCCGGAAGCAGCCGGAAAUCGUCUGGCGGCUUCCCGGCGUCGAGCGGCUGCAGCACUACUGGUGGCCGGGGGUCGCCGACACCGUGCUCCCGAGGCCGGUGGUGGUCCGGAACAAGGAGCUGGUCGCCGAGGCCUGAAUUACUGGAAGCAGGUCUACAUUCUUUGGGUUCUUUGGUAUGUUAACUGUUGAGCGCAUGCAUCAAUGGUAUAUACAAGGAGGGUAUAAAAUCGUUCGAACUUUCUUGGUGUAGGUUUAGUGUACAUUGUAAGCUUAUAGUAGUAGCAUCGAUCUGGUUUGUUGUCCUGCUGGCCUGCAAAGUUGUGCGGGCUGCUGAAUAAUGCAAAGGUGAUCUGUCAAGGGUUUAUUCGAUCCAAUGAACUCCACCUGUAAAUUCGUUGUUUUAAUGGAAAAGAUAUAUUACCCUUCA